CCUGGAUCUCAGUCAACACUUUCGGAUCUACUAAACGACCAAAAUGAGCAAAAGGAAGGAAAUCGGCGACAAGGUCGUCGACAAAGAUGCCAUGGUGGACGAUGACAGCGGUGACGACGACGAUUUUGACGUACUCGACGUCGACUUUGAGUGGUUUGAUCCCCAACCAGAGGUUGACUUUCAUGGGAUCAAGACGCUCCUGCAACAGCUGUUUGAUGUUGAUGCUCAACUGUUCGAAUUGUCUGCGUUGACGGACCUCAUCUUGUCGCAACCGACACUGGGGUCGACCGUGAAAGUGGAUGGCAAUGAGACGGAUGCAUAUGCCUUCCUGUCUGUCUUGAACCUGCAACAGCACAAGGAGCAGCCUUUCAUGGGGAAGAUCAUCCAGUACCUUCAGACGAAAUCAAGGUCGAAGCCAGAGCUUGCCCCUCUGGCUGAUCUCCUCUCGCAACCUACUAUCCCCUCGAUCGGCCUCAUUCUCACAGAACGUCUGAUCAAUGUCCCCUCCGAGGUUGUCCCUCCAAUGUACAGCAUGUUACUGGAAGAGAUUCAGUGGGCCAUCGAUGACAAAGAACCAUACAACUUCUCGCACUAUCUCAUUCUUUCCAAGACCUACACCGAAGUGGCCUCCAAAUUAGAUGCUGAAGAGAAUCGGCCCACGAAGAAGAAGAAGAAGGCUGCAGGCACAUCGUUCGAGACCAUGUAUUUCCACCCUGAGGACGAGGUUCUGCAUCGGCACGCCGUCUGUCACGGAGGGUACGAUUAUUCGACCAAGCAAGACGAGGGACAUUCGGAUUCGAAAAGAGCAUUUCAAGAGCUUGGAAUCAAGCCUCAAGGUCAUGCCAUUUUGAUCUCGGCCGACAAGUUCAAGGAUGCUGUCCAAGACGUUGCUGAGUACUUGAAGCCUCAAGCGUAAGCUAUGCGGACCUAUCCAGAACAGGUGUAUGGCAACCUCACUCCCAUUUGGUCCCUUUGAGCCUCUGCAUGAGAUACUCGACCUCGACGACCUUGGUCAGGGGAAUGACAACUUGGGCAUACAUCUUCACUACUGCCUCCACGUUGAUCUUCUCUUCUCCGCCAACUCCGCCGUUUGUGCCCGCAGAAGGAUCUUUGCCAUAAGUCUUCGCCUUGAGCCGUAAUCGCUCGAGGACUUGUUGCUCCACCUUCUGGUUGGUGAUGGCCGCAUCAAUUCCUCCGCGGUCUUCGGCCUUGAUGAGCUUCACAAACCUCUCGGUCUCUUGUUGAAACUUGCUUUCAGCCACAAACUUGCCAAAGUGAAUCCGCCGACUCAAAGCUUGCAGACAGGCAACGUCGCAUGUGGCAGCGCUCCCAUAGUUCUCUUUUGUCUCGCCUCGGUCCUCCCGUCCGAACUCGCGGCAGGCUUCAGGCAACACCUCGUUUAUAUACUUCUCCUUGAUGAUCUGGUUGACAUUGACGUCGUUGUCAUGGAGGAUUUUGGGGUAUUUGAUGGCUUGGAGCAUUGGCCGCUGGAGGACUUGUGGGAAGAAAGCAUAUUCGUCAGGAGCGUCAUAUCGGCGGAUGGUGGAAUGAAGACGCUCGGUCUCGGAGAGGAGGUAGUCUAGCAGAGAAAUGGCUGGAGGCAGUGCAAGGUUUAUGGUAGGUAUAGGCAGAGCGGUAGGGUCGUAGAUGGUGGCAUUGAGGGGAAACUGUACUCGUUCAAUGAGGUGAAAGGUGAUCGUGUCUUCGAGUCGUCUACAGGAAGGUCAGUGUGUGUAUCAAUCCCAGGCCCGAGCAGAC